AAUAAUAUAAUUCACUCAUCUCUCUCCAAAUUUUCCUUGCCUAAAGCAGCAGCUAGCAGCAAUCAGUAGACUACACACCGCCACAGCAAAUGCCACCGUCUCCUGUUAAAUGCAUGCACAACGCCAGUCUCACCUUCCAUCACAAAACUGAAACCGAACCACUUUUUGUCUCCGAUUCCCAUGGCCGUGCCGGCAGCACUAGUACUGUGAUGUUUCUCCUCCUCCAUGCCUCCACUUUCCUCACCCUCCUCCACCUCCUCGGCUUCCUCCUCACCAAGCUCUUCGUCCAUCUCCUCGCCGAGCCAUCCACAGCAGACCACCAAAGUUGCAGGCGCACCCAUCUCGUUGCCGGAGAAGGUGAAGCAGUGAACGAGGAGUUCGACUCUUCCGACGUCUUUAGCAGUGAAGAAAGCCUGUUCUUUUUUUACGGCGAAGGCUUCGUCAGCGAUCCGUCAGUUGAAGAAGCAGAACAGAUAAUAGUUGAUGGUCAACUCGAAGAUUGUGGAGUGAUAUCUGGGACUGCUAAAGAUGAAGGCCGUGGCGAAAUUGGAGAUUCUUUGUCGGAUCAUGAAGAGGAAGCUGAGUUUGAGCAGCAGGAGGAGGAGGAGAUGGAGGAUAAUAAAGAGGAAGAAAUGCCAAAGAACGAGAAAGUGGUGUUCGAUGUGAACAAAGCAGAACAGUUCGACAGUAAAAAGUUUAAGCUCGAAGAGCACACGUUUGGUGCUUCUCUUACAAGUGAAUCCACUUCGAAGAGCUCCAUGGAAUGGAGAAGCUCUGCGAUCUUCAGCGAUUCGGUGACCGAAUGCCCCUUUUCAUCUUCGUCGCGCAGGAGUUCGUCUCACUGGGAAACCUACACAUUGUUCCGGAAGUACGACGAGGAGAUGAUGUUCUUCGAUCGAAUCUGCGCACAGAAACUCACUGAAACAGAAACGUUUAGAUCGUUGAAGUACCAGACGAGAUCAUCGACAUCGCAAAGAAUAAUUCACAAACAAAACAAGAAGCAGGGAAGUCAUCGAGAUCCUUAUCGAGAGUUGGAAUGCGUCUACGUGGCUCAGAUUUGCCUAGCUUGGGAAGCUCUCAGUUGGAACUACAAUUACUUCCGGCAAAAGAAUUCCAAAGGAUCAGAAAGCGAUCAAAAAUCUUGUUGCACCGCGUGGAUAGCUGAGCAAUUCCAGCAGUUCCAAGUCCUCCUGCAACGAUUCAUCGAGAAUGAGCCUUACGAGCGUGGUCGUAGGCCCGAAAUAUUCGCUCGAACGAGGAUCUUUUCUCCAAAAUUGCUACAAGUUCCUGAAUUCCGAGAUCCAGAAGCAGAUGAAUUGCGCAAAGAUGAAAUGGUUUCAUCCGCAGAGUUCCUACCGAUUCUGGACCACGCGAUCGGAACCUUCAUGAUCUUCCUCAAGGCAGACAAGGAGACUCCUUGCCAAAUGCUGAAAGCCCUCUUCAAGAGGAAAACAAGCUCAGCGGACCCAAAUCAUCUCCAUUUCCUCAAGAAAACUAACAAGAAUAACAAGAUGACGCUUAAAGAUCUGCUGAGACCGAGAAGAUGCCUGAAAAGGCAGAGGGUGAAAGGGAAACAAGAGAUGGACGUGCUCAUGGGCUUAACUGACAUGAAGAUCGUCUCCAGAGUUCUGAGGAUGCCUGAGAUCAGACAAGAGCAACUGCAAUGGUGUGAGGAGAAGAUGAGCAAGGUGAAAGUGUUGGAUGGCAGGAUUCAAAGAGAUUCCUCCCCACUUUUCUUCCCUGUUCACUGACUCCCACGUCACUACUGCACAAUCUACUCUACUUUAGCUGGCUGAUGACUAGAUAAAGCUCAUGAGAAUAUGCAUUCCACCUUCGGGGAGUUGACAUGUCCGAAUUGCCGACAUUGGAAGCAUGUGGAGAAGCUUGAAGGAUAGAGAUCCACGUUGGUGUACAAAAGUCGAUAGGUCUGUGUUUUCCUCAUGAACAAUAUAUGCAUAAAAAUAAAGUGAGUAAAAGUGAAAGCGAGCACAACUUUAGCUUUACUUUGCUUCACUGAUGAGGUUUAGUGGUGGUGGAUAGGGCUCCAUGGACUUCAAAUUGUGUUUUAGAACAUGAAAAGUAUUUGUUGAAGGUAGAUAUCACAAGAAUUCACAGAAUAUUAUAUAUGCUGAACGUUUGGUGCU